AUGGUAAAACUAGCCUUGUUCAUGCUAAGAAAAGGGAUUUCCAAGAAGAAAUUACUUCUUAACCUUAACAUGAUGAUGAAGCGAGGAAAGACGGUGUUUACCGGCAAAGUCUCCACCACUCACGGCGGUUUCGUCGGUGGUGGUGACGCCUUUCAAGAGUACGAGUUCAGCUGUAGUAACACCCCUUUAUACCACCAUUACUUCACCAACAAGAAGAAAAGCCACCACCACCAAAGCUACUACUAUUACGGGCCCUCGCCGGAAAUUAUUGACGACGGUGGUGAUAUUAAUUUGGAGGCUAUUAACAAGGUGUUGGAUACGGUGUUUUCUAGCAAAAUUAGGGUAACAGAUUCUCCAUUUCCGUUGCAAAAUGAGGAAGAUUUUGAUGAUCAACGUGUGGAUGAGGCUGCGGAGGAGUUUAUUAAGAGGUUUUACUCGCAACUUAAGGAGCAAAACUACUACUAG